AUGGAAUUUCCAGCUGGCUCUCAUCUCACCUUGUCAGGCAAGCAGGAGCGAUGUACUGUAGCCGCUUACAACCUCACAUUGCUGUACUAUAAGUACAAGUGCAAAACUGUGGAAGCCAACCGUGAUAGUACUGUAGUAGUGUUGCUUCCAACUUGCUCCAAGACCAUCCUAGCUAUGCUCAGCUGCGGGGCUAUAGUCUGGCGAGCGAGGGCAGCUGCCCGGGCUCUGCCCAGCAUCCUCCACAGAAAUUACAGCAGGAAGGAGCAACGAUCUCCAUGGGUGAACCCAUGCCGGCCUCGUCAACUCUACUCAGAUGGCUCUACUCACAAGCUAAAUCCGCCGGUGGAUAUGCUAAAGAAGCCGAAGGAACGGGUAUACACGCCGACGCUGGCCUACGCCGUGCGCCGGCGUGAUCCGGAGCUCGUCGGCCCGGCUGCUCAUACGCCCCGGGAGACCAAGCAUCUGUCGGACCUCGACGACCACGAGGACUCGCGCACGCACAUGUCCUUGGCUUUCUUUUACCGUGGCGGACAGAACGGCGUCGACCCGGCCGGCCUCAUCCGACGUGCGCUGGGCGAGGCGCUGGUGCACUACUACCCGUUGGCCGGUCGGCUCAGGGAGGUUGAGGGUCAGAAGCUGGUGGUCGACUGCACCGGCGAGGGGGUGCUCUUCGUGGAGGCCGACGCUGACGUACGGCUGGCAGAGCUGGAGGGGGUCGGGCUCAGGCCGCCAUUCCCUUGCUGGGACCAGCUGCUCUUCGACGUGGAUGGAUCCAGCGGCAUGAUUGACUGUCCCUUGCUGCAUAUCCAGGUAACGCGACUGCUGUGCGGCAGCUUCGUAUUCGCGCUCCGCUUCAACCACACCAUGUGCGACGGAAUCGGCAUCGCCCAGUUCAUGAACGCCAUUGCCGAGCUCGCCCGCGGCCUUCCGUCCACCACCAUCGCGCCCGUCUGGUGUCGCGAGCUCCUCAAGGCGCGCGACACACCCAUGCCUUCCCUUACGCACCGAGAGUUCGACGUGCUACUUCAGUCGCCUCCCCCGGCCGAUGAUAUGGUCAUGCGUUCUUUCACUUUCGGCGCAUCAGACCUCGCCGCCAUCAAGAAAAGCCUCCCUCCGCUCCUCCACAACACCACCACCACCUUCGAGGCCCUCGCCGCGUUCUUAUGGCGUGCUCGCGCCACGGCGCUCGAGCUCCCCCCAGGUGGGAAUGCCCCGCUAAUGGUCAUCGCAAACAUCAGGGGCGUUGCUGAGAUGAGCCUGCCCGCGGGGUACUAUGGCAACGCGAUUGUGCCCUCCAUGGUGAUGGUCGAUCCGGCGGUGCUAUGUGGCGGCUCGUUGGGUGAUGUUGUGGCGUUGGUGCGGCAGGCGAAGGCCGCGGUGACCUCCGAAUACGCUCGUUCUUUUAUCAACGAGAUUCUGCUCGGCGAGCGGUACAUCCUGUCGGCAAACGUGUUCCUGCUCUCAGACGCCCGUCGCCUUGGGUUCGACCGUGUGGACUUCGGGUGGGGCGAGCCGGUGUACGCUGGCCCAGCCGACACUUACUUCGGUGUGAGUUUCUUCAUCACCGGUAAGGAUCGCGAUGGAGAGGACGUAGUUGUCGUGCCGGUCGUGCUGCCGCGGCUGGCAAUGGAUCGGUUCGUCACGGAGGUGGAGAAGCUGUUAAACCUAUGA